AGGAAGGCCGUAAAGAGAGUUUUUAUCCGAGUGAUGAGGAAAUUGAGAAGUGGAUGUCCAGCGCCUUCGACAUGGCCAAAGAGGCUCUGGAGAGCGGAGAGGUGCCGGUCGGCUGUCUGGUGGUCUACAACCAUGAAGUGGUGGGAAAGGGUCGCAAUGAAGUCAACGAGACCAAAAACGCCACUCGACACGCUGAGAUGGUGGCCCUGGAUCAGCUCCUGGACUGGUGUCGCCGCGGCAGCCUGCAUGUGAGCGGCGUGUGCGAGCGAACGGCCCUGUACGUCACCGUAGAGCCAUGCAUCAUGUGUGCCGCAGCCCUGCGCCUGCUCAACAUCCCGGCGGUCGUGUACGGCUGCAGGAACGAGCGCUUCGGCGGCUGCGGUUCAGUUCUGGACGUCUCAUCUGCUCACUUACCUGAGACCGGGACCACGUUCAAGUGUGUUUCAGGUCACAGAGCAGAAGAAGCUGUAGAGAUGCUGAAGACUUUCUACAAACAGGAGAAUCCAAACGGUGAUCAGAGAUUCUUCUCUUUUCUAUCUUUCCUCUCGUCUUCUGUUCAUCUCUUGUCAUCUUUUCUACUCCUUCAUCUCUCGGUUCUUGUCAGACAUUUGAACCUGAUGCUGCUGCACAGGAACACCUUUCAUUUAUUUACCAUUCCUUCACUUCCUUUUCUCUUUUCUUCUCCUCUAACACUAUCACCCGUUCUGUCUGUUUCAGCCCCGAAAACCAAAACAAGGAAGGACUGAACUCUUCUAGACACAUCGGUUCUAUGUUUUAAUUUAUGUUUUAUUCAAUAAAAGACAUUAUAAAUCA